CACGCCACCACAAAUACAUCGACAAGUUUACAGUACCACUUACGUGCUGUUUCUGAUAAUGUCAAAUAUAAUGUAAAGUACAUUAACCACAAUUAUGAUAACAUUUGUUAACCACUAAAUGUGGGGUUGGUAGGGGGUGAACUGCGAGGAAUGUUCGUUGUCGGUAGGACCAUAAGCGGAUGUCCUUGUUUCAAGUAAGGGCAAAUUAAAUGACGGGCCGCGAAGGCGCAUUUGACUUUUGUACCCUCUUGCACCUCCUUGAAAAAACUCGAAUUCAAGAGAUCAGCACCAUUUUCAGUCCAAAUAUCUAAAAAAAAUCUUAAUCAGGGAAAACUAUUGCUGUGUUUUAAAAUUCAGAUGAAAUGAGGCGAAGUUGAGAGUUUUCUCCUUAAAACAAGCAAAAACUUAUGCUAGUGGGUCUUCUGGAUGUCUAAUCUGAUCCCAAGAGCUACCCAGACUAAAUGGCUGUAUCGAGAACAACACUCAAGUCCCUGUAUGGAGUUUGUGGAGUGGUUUACAGACAGCCUCUGUUGUUCCCUUCCUCACUCAAAUGUGCAUCUAUACAGAUCACCAGGAGCAAGUUUGAGCGAGAUUACCAGAGACCCGGUCAGCCUCCAGACACACGCUGGCCUUGGCAGAUGAUAAACUUUGAUUUCUCCAAAGGUGUGGAGAGUGUCAGGAAGCACUUUGGCUUGUUAAAGGAUGAGUUUUUCCAGCGCUGGAUUGGACCGGAAGGAAAGCCAAUAAUAGAGCACAUGCUGGAACAGACCCGUGUCGUGUGGGAGUUUCGGGGUCCUGAGAGUCUAAAUGAGUGGAUUGUGUCAUCUGAUCAGGAGAUUGGGGGCCGCAGUGUGGCUUAUGUCAGUCUGGGCAAAAACAACACCACGUGUUUGCUGUAUGGGACCUUGAGCUCCACCCCUCCACGUGAUGGAGAGACUCGAUACAGUGGAUACUGCUCUAUGCGCUCCAAACCCCCAAAGGCCUCAUUUGACAGGAAAAAGCACUAUGACUGGUCAAGUUUCAACACGUUACAUUUGCGGAUACGAGGCGAUGGAAGACCGUGGAUGAUAAACGUGUCCGCUGAAACCUACUUUUCUCACCAGAGAGAUGACAUCUACAGUUACUUCCUUUACACGAGAGGGGGACCCUACUGGCAGGAUGUCAAGAUUCCAUUCUCCAAGUUUUUCCUUUCCAGUCGGGGAAGAAUCCAGGAUAGUCAGCAUCCUCUCUGGCUGGACAAGAUAAAUACUAUUGGUUUUACAUUGGGGGACAAAGCAGAUGGUCCAUUUCAGCUGGAGAUUGAUUUCAUUGGUCUGAAUAAUGACUGUGCCCACACUGAGGAGUUUGCAUAUGAGCUUUACAAGAAAAACCCAUAGUUCUGGUUGUAUUAAAUAGGAUUCAACAAUUAGGUAUGGAUUAACAAAUUCUUUAAUUAAAAACUUUUCGGGAAAAAAGUA